UAGUGGUGUUGGACGCAAAAAAGAGUUUCAUCAAAAGUAUCAAUUUGAUGUAAAAUAAAUGGACCCCAUUGAUUCUAAAGGAGAUUAUGUUGAAUCGAGGAGGCGAAGCACCAGACAAAUGCAUAAAAAAGCGAUAUAUGCUGUUAAUGUAAGACCGAGAACUACUAAAAAACGGAGUAGAGAAGUCGAGAACGAUCCUCUACCCACAGCUGUCAACGGCUUCCAAGAACUGUUGAGCACAUCAACUAAAGAUGAAGAAAUAGAGUCGCCGAGAAAGAUUGGAAGGUUACAGAUGGCAGGGGAUGCCGUAGAUGGCUAUAAAAAUGUAGAGACAAAAGUGCUGGAGGAAAUGGAAGUGGCUGAAUAUACAGAUCAGGACCAAGACAUGAACUCAGAAGAUGAAAGUGAAAAUUGUGAGGCUGGCAUGAAGAAAAACCCCCUCGUUGAGGAGAAAUAUAACAUCAGAUGCACGAAGUUAGGGAAUCUAGAAAUGGAAGAGCGCACAACGUUGCAGACCCGAAGGAUCACUCAUCAAGAAUCACGAGAUCCAGUGCUAUCCAAACUGAUAGAAUAUCAAAAUGCAAGCUGUGACCCCCAGACUUCUUCAAAAGAACCUUCAAGAGAAAGUUCUGCUUUUAUCCACAACAGGCCACUGGUGAACAGACAUGAGGUUUUGAAAGCAAGGAGCAGCAUAAGACAGUAUCGGGAGAAAAUGGAGGAGAAAGUUGUUUCUAGCACAGAACUUCCAGGUUUGGACAGGUAUCCAUGCUCAAUAGGACAAACAAGGUGCAGGCACCAGACAAAUAAGCUUCCUCCUUCAAAACAACAACCACAGCACAGAAACACAGAAACCAAAAAACCUUUCAUCACAAAAGCAAGUGCGACAUCCUACUCAAAAGGUAUUUUCCUAUGUUUCAAAUUAAUUGCUUUUUGUUCUCAGUUUGUGAUUCUGUGGAAACUGGUUGUGUUUCUCUCUACAGGGUCUGUAUGGGAUGCAUGUAGGGUUCUUCCAUGGGCUCUGUUCCUGCUGGCCUCACUGGGUUUAGGCUUAGUUGGUUAUCAGCACCUGCCACCGUCAAAUGCAGAGCACCAGGACAAGACGGCAUCCAGUCUAACUUUGGAAGCCCAGUUAGCUGCAGUAAAACUCUUAUUCCCCAGCCAGCGCUCAGAGCUCUGGAAGAGGACAGAGGUCCAUCUUAAAAGGCAUCUCAAUCUAUAUCAACCUACUGAGCCAGUAAGUAUGAUCUUGACCUCCGGUCAUGGGGCUGAGAAGACGUUAGCCUGUCUGGCUCAGCGAUUAGCUGCAGCCUUUUCCAUGGCCCUUAAUGCAUCUGUCCUGGACAUUGAUGGGACCAGCAAAACAGCACAAGACAGUGACCAGGUCAAAAUGGACAUUGAUAGAGCAUUGAAAGAGGCCUUUGAAGGUGGUAAGUAUGCUGCUGUUAUUCACCGUUUUGAAGAGCUUCCUCCCGGAGCCACACUCAUCUUCUACCGCUACUGUGACCAUGAAAAUGCCGCAUUUAAGAAAGUCUUCCUGAUGUUCACUGUGUUGCUUCCUGUGCAUGAACUCAACUCUGACCUCACUUUGAGUGCUGUAGAGGAGCAGGUGCACGAGUAUGUGAAGGAGAAGUUUAUCUCCUCAGACAGGACAGCAACGUUUAAUCAGAUGGAUGUAGACAAGCUGAGUGGACUGUGGAGCAGAAUUUCUCAUGUUAUCCUGCCAGUGGUUGCAGAGAACACAAUUGAACAACAGGACUGCAGAAGGUGAGGGAUCCUAUAACUGAAAGUCUUCACAAGAUGAUAUCUACUGUACUGCACCAGUGGACUUGUGAGAAUGGCACUUAUACAAUUAAAUGGCUAGUUACAUGUUCACUUGACCAGGUAUAUUUUUUACUUUUUUAAAAACUAAAUCUGAGAGACCUUUUUUCAAAACAUAUGUUCAAAAAUGUUUAACAUUUGUUUGUAUUUCAGAAUAAAUGAAGAAGAAAUUCAUACUUUUUAAAAAUAUACCCUAAAAAUCUAAAUUGUGUGUCAAACUAUCUCCCUUAGCAUAAAUCAUGGGUAGCCCAACAGCGCCCCUGUAAUCUAUGUUCUUUCUGGGUUUAGAUACUUGUAUUAACAUAGCUACUGCAAAUAAGAGCUUCUUUAAGAGCUUCAGAAGGGUAAAUUGGAUUAGGGUUGACAUUUAAUGAAGAAGGUCAUGCAAAGGCAUUUUAAGAAGUGAGAUUAGGCACCUAGUCAUGCACUGAACUUAAAAGUUGUUGAUAUGUUUCAGUUUCUAUUCAAUUUCUUGGUAUUAUCGUAUUCUGAUUCUUAUUGCUGUUUUUAUGCUUGGUGUUGAUUUAUUAUUUUGUCGCUGACUAAAGUUAU